CAAAAAGUACUGCUGAUGUGCUGAACUUGGAACAUACUUGAAGGUGCAUGAAGGUGAAAGUGAUAAGGUGUUUCACAUGUGAUUGUAUUUUCCGUACUAUCAAAGAGAAAUCGUAAAGAAUUCGUUUUUAUUUCUAGUUCGGUUUAUAUUUAAGAAACGUGUAAAGAGUAAGUUAAGAUAGACAGUUUGUUGUGUGUUUAAACUCUGAAAUAUUUGUAAACAUUAUUUCUUUAAUAUUGCUAUUUGGUCUUAGAAUUUUAAUUUUGCACAAGGAAUCUGCAUUACAACAUAAAUGUUUAGUUAUGUAAGGUGUGUUUCUAGCCAGGAGCCACACAAGUUUUGUGAGUUGGUAAAUUUUACAUGUGACUAUCGGAGAGUGAAUCAAUAUGACCUCUUUGGUUUGCCUUCAGUGUCAGCAUAGAUGCCAAGCGGAUCAAUUAACGGACAUGGUCGGGAUGAAGACAGCAGUGGACCUGUGGCAAUUGUUGCCUUCGGCAACGCAUUAUUAGACAUGUCCAUAUCUGUCAAAGACGAUUCUCUGAUACACAAAUACGGAUUGCCCUGUGAUGCUCAGAUCGAGGUAACCAACGAACAACAAGGAUUGUUCUCCGAAGUAAUUCAAAAUUACCCAGUUGAGUACGUGGCCGGCGGUAGCGCUCAAAACACGGUCCGAAUCCUUAGCAGAUUAAUCAAAAACCAAUGGCCGUCUUACGUGAUAGGCAAAAUCGCCCACGAUCCGGCUGGCAUCAUCCUUCAAAAGUUAUUAGCUCAGGAUGGCGUAAUAACUCGAUACGUCUUCGACGAAAAGUUGCCGACGGGCUGUUGCGUGGCCAUUGUCCGUCCUGGCGGCACGCGCUGUCUGGCCGCAAACAUCGGCGCAGCCCGUGAGUUCAACAAGGAGAAUUUCGUUGCCGACAUGAUGGACUUGAUAGAUCGGGCCCGAAUUCUCUACGUCGAAGGAUUCUUCGCUAGCCACAGCCCGGACGUUGCCAUGGCCGCGUUAAGCCGCGGCCAUUCUCGAGAAGGUCUGGUCCGAGUCGUCAGCCUUUCAGCUCAAUACAUUUGCCUCCAGUCUCACAGUCUAUUAAGGCGGCUCCUAUCCUACGCCAAUCUUGUCGUUGGUAACGAAGACGAAUUCCGUGCCUUGGCCGGCCGCGCUGGCCUCCUGCUUAGCUCCGAAUGCGAAUCCAUAGCCUCCGUCGCCCGCAAAGUUGCCGCUUUGGACUAUAUCUCACCUGUGAAUCAAUUCAAGUCUUGUCGCCUUUCGGAUUUUCAAGGGUCGACGGAGGCGUGGGAUUGGUCGAAACUGAACGAGAGAUUGGCCGUGGUGACUUGCGGCGCUUCGGGAGUGGUUUGCGCUACGCGGUCCGAGUCGUGGCUAUUCCCGGCCGAGAAGCUUCAACCGCAUCUGGUGAAGGACACGACAGGAGCCGGCGAUGCUUUCCUGGCCGGUUUCUUUUCCCAGCUCCUCGUUGGCCGACCGCUGGACGUUUGCGUCGCCACGGGUCAGCAAACGGCCCGGAUCGUCAUCACUCAAACUGGUUGCCGCCUCCCCGUUUGAUCUCUUUUAUCGAACAAGAAAAACAAAAAGACAAUCGCACGACAUUUUUCGACAGUAUUAUUAUUACUAUUAUUAUUAUUUCGUUUUGUAAAUAGUUGGAAAUGUGUUCCAAACAAUUUAGGAUGGAAGAGAAAUAGAUCUAUUGAUUACAGAGA